GGCGGUGUGAAGAAGCCCCACAGGUUCCGUCCCGGAACGGUGGCUCUAAGAGAGAUUAGGAAGUACCAGAAAAGCACCGAGCUUCUCAUCCGCAAACUUCCUUUCCAAAGGCUGGUUCGUGAGAUUGCUCAGGAUUUCAAGACGGAUCUUCGAUUCCAGAGCAGCGCCGUCGCCGCUCUCCAGGAGGCAGCUGAGGCGUAUCUCGUUGGGUUGUUCGAAGACACCAACCUUUGCGCGAUCCAUGCGAAGAGGGUCACGAUUAUGCCUAAGGAUAUCCAGCUCGCGAGGAGGAUCAGGGGUGAGAGAGCUUGACGGAAGAGUCGCUACUUAGUAGUGGGUUUGAAGACUGGUCUGGAUUCUCUGUCUUGGGAUUUAGUUGCGUUGUACAUUUUCAGGAAUCUGGCCUGAUUCUGCGUGUUUUUGUAGUGUUUGUAGCUGAUGCUUAGAUUAUGUCUUACAGAUGUUUGGUGAAAUGCUUCAAUGGACAUUAACGGUUCUGGGUUUUGCAAUACA